CUACUAGACAUAGCUUUUCCAACAGAAUGGCGGUGGCUGAAGUAGAUAUAGCAACGGAAGCUAGUUUAGAUCUACUAGAAACCAGCUCCGGCGUGUCUGCUGCAGAAGGCUUACUGACUGAGAGCAGUGAUUAUUAUGUUAUUGAAGGAACUGAAGUCUCUGCAGAACACCUCAUAGCUCCCAUUGCUACAGCAGAGCCAGAGCAAGAAUCCAUGAUACCAAAAAAUCUCAGCUUUUUUAAGCGAUUGACAACUGACACUGUAUUUUUAUCUGGUAGACAGAAAUGCUUAAAUAUGCUAAUGAGUCUGGCUGAUGGUGCAUCUUCAGUAGUGUCACAUAAAAAAGUAAAAGAAUUAUCAGAACGGGUAUCUGCAUUCGAAAAUGAAUUUUCUCCUGAUAUUGUUGAAUCAUGCAGGUGUAUUUUGAGGAUAUUGAGAGAUUAUAAUCAUAGGACUCUUAUUCAUGAAAGAUGGUUGAUUGAAACACAUGAUCUUUUAGAAAACAAAAGACUUACUAUUGGUGUGUUUGGUCGUCACAAAGCUGGCAAAAGUACCCUAUUGAAUGCUCUCCUUCAUCAAGAGGUGUUGUCACAUGCUGUAACAAAUGAAACUGCUUUUAUUUUGUCUAUUAUUCAUGUUCCUCACAAAGAUGUUAGUAAAAAUUGUGCUUCAAUAUGUGAGGAAAGUCUUUCAAUGCAUGAAAAAAGUGAAAAUGUAUAUGGUCGUCGAGCAAUUAAGAAUUUGAUUAAGAAGAAUAAUAAAGCUAAUAGAACUGAGACUUCUUUUGUUGUAAAACAUGAGACAAUGACAGCUCAUGUUCCUUUCCUGUGCAACUCUUCCACUAGUAAUAUCAAUGUCGAAUUAAUGGAUACCCCUGGUCUAUCAGAAUCAAAUAAGUUAGGAAUUUCGGAAUUGGCAGAGCACCAACUAAUGACCUGUUCAGCAUUUGUGUAUGUAAUUUCAUGCUUACAGUUGCAAGAUGCUGUUGAUUCAGAAUCUUUUGAAGCUAUUUUGAAAAGGGAUCCAGGUGUUUUUAUAGAAAAAAGGUUGCUUAUUGUUGUAACAAGAUUAGAUGAAUAUAAAAUUCCUGUCACAAUAUGCAACGAUAAUACUGUUGCUGACGAUGAUGAAGAUGAAAAUAUCUAUUACACAAUUGAGGAAGUUAUCUCUAGCAUCAAAUCUACUGUUAAAAAUCAUUUCAAAGAAAUUUCAGAGAUCCCCGAUGAUUGCAUUAUUCCUGUCUGUGCCUCUGGAGCAAAUGAAGCACGCAAAGCCUCUAUGAAUAUAAAAUAUGAUUGUGAUAAAGAGCUGCUAGUCUUUAAGAAAAUGCUAGGACGAAGGAUAAAUGAGGAAGAACUUGAAGCUUUGAGUCAAAUAAAAGUUUUGGAAGAAAAACUUGGAUACAUAGCAACGGAUGCUCCUCGUAUUUGGAAAUAUAGUAUUGCAAGAGACUGCUGCAGAUACUUAGACCAAUCUGUUACAGAAAUCAUAUCCAUUGAAAGAGAAUUGAAAGCCUGUAGAGAUAGUUAUAAUGAAAAAGUAGCAAAAAAGAGAGCUAUAAUUACUAGUUACAUAAAAGAAAAAGAAGCUUUAAGGUCUAAGUAUGAACACAUGGGUGAUUUUCACAAAAAAUUAGAGCUAGCAUAUGAUAAUGAUAUUGAGUCUCAUUUUGAUGACAUUAAAAAGGCAUACAUGGAUAAAUUUGAAGAGUUUUGUGCAAGUAUAAAAAGCAAGAAAAAAAUCACUCUUGAGGAUUAUUGUGAAGAAACAAAAAAAUUUAUUGAGACAACUAAUCAAGAAACAAAGUCAGAAUUGAGUCGUAUGAAAUUCAAACAAUUGGAUGGAGUAAUUAAUAAAGCCAAUGUAUUUCUUGGAGGGAAGCAGCAGAAACUUGUUUCUUUAAUGUCUUCAUUCUGUGAAACAGAAGAUAUUAAUGGCUUUGAUGAAUUAAAAGAUGUAGAUGAAACAGAGCAAUCCAUGUCUGAUAUGUUAAAUACCGAUCAUAGUGACAAUAAAUAUGACUCUCCAAAAAUGCUCGAGUUUAAAGAUUUGGUAACAAAAAGUAAAUCAGAAAAUCUUACUUUUUUUUGAAAAAAUACGAGUCCUUGCUCGACAGCUGUACCAAAAAAUUACAAUGAGAAAAAAA